AACAGGCCUGGAAGCGGCGGAGGAGGGAAGGGGGGCUUUCCAAGGUUCAGCGCCGCGCGGUUUCCUUUCCUUGUUUUGCUUUCGAUCUGGGCUCGUCGCAGCCCAAAGCAAGAGGAGGGGAGUCACUUUUAGUUUUGUUCCUGCGGAUUGAUUCAGGCGCCUGGUUUUCCUUUCCAUUUGGCGUCUCUUGGCAACCGUGAUAACCUUGAGGAAUUACGUUAAUACCCUGAAACAAACUUGUUGCGACGGCAAAGGGAUCGGCCGGGAGGGCGUGUUGCUCCCGGAGUGUGUCUCCCGGUUUGGGGGCCUUGGACGUUUAUUUCGGGGCCGCGGGAGUGAGGAAAACCCCCUUCCACAGAAACAAAGGCGGGCAGCGAGCCUCUCCCGGAUUUGGCUGGGGGGCCGUAAAGGCGAAUCAAGCCGGACUUGGGGGACGCCAAACGCCCCCGGCGCCCAACAAAGCCACGGGCGAGUCUCCGGGGCGCAGCAACUUUCUCCAGCUGGCCGCGCGGAUGGCGUCGCCGGCCUGGACACUUGUUGUCUUCGACCCCGGCCUGGCGCGCGAGGCGGCGGUGCUCGCAGGCGGCGGGUCAGCAGCCUGGGCGGCCGGGGGAGCCCGCGAGGCGGCCGGCCCAGCUCUGGUGGAGCCUGGACAAAAUGCCGGUGGAGAGAAUGAGGAUGCGGCCAUGGUUAGAGGAACAAAUAAACUCAAACAAAAUCCCAGGCCUCAAAUGGCUAAAUGAGGAAAAGAAGAUUUUUCAGAUUCCUUGGAUGCAUGCUGCAAGACAUGGGUGGGAUGUUGAAAAAGAUGCACCUUUAUUUCGAAACUGGGCCAUUCACACAGGAAAGUACCAGCCAGGAGUUGACAAAGCAGAUCCGAAGACAUGGAAGGCAAACUUUCGAUGUGCUAUGAACUCCUUACCUGAUAUCGAAGAAGUCAAAGACAAAAGCAUCAAAAAAGGAAAUAAUGCUUUCAGAGUAUACCGGAUGCUGCCAUUAUCGGAGAGGCCGUCUAAAAAAGGAAAGAAACCCAAGUCAGAGAAGGAUGAAAAACUGAAACAAAUUAAGCAAGAACCAGAGGAAUCAUCCUGUGAGCUGAGUAAUGGGACAAGCCAGGGGUUUCCCGAUUACUGCUUAUCUUCCACAAUAAAAUCAGAAGUUGAUAGUACAAUAAAUAUUGUAGUGAUAGGAGAGUCGCAUUUUGAGGGCAUUCCUGACGAUCCUAUGAUAGUUCCCAAUCCGCCUGAUGUUUGCCAAGUGGUGGAGGUGACAACAGAGAGUGACGACCAGCCCAGCAGUAUGAGUCAGCUCUACCCACUGCAGAUCUCCCCGGUCUCCUCCUAUGCCGAGAGUGAAACAACGGAUAGCAUCCCAAGUGAGGAAGAAAACGCACAGGUCCAACUUCAGUGGCAAAAAGAAAACAUUGGCAGCAAACAGUACUAUAGCAACUUGGGGACUCGGACCCCCCCUUAUCCACUUCCUGGCAUGGCCACCUUUGUGACUUCCAACAAGCCUGACCUCCAGGUCACUAUCAAAGAAGAAAACUGCCCUCUGCCUUACAACAGCAUGUGGCCUUCUUUCCCAGACCUCCCUCUCCAACAAAUCAUGUGUUCAGCAUCGACCAGUUAUAGCAGCCGGCCCGACCAUGAAAACCGGGCAAGCGUCAUUAAGAAAACGUCAGAUAUUACCCAAUCUCGAGUCAAGAGCAGCUAAGCUAUUAACUGGUCUGUUCCCAGCUGAUUUUGUGUCUUUGAAGAGCACAUCUAAUGUACAUUGAACAAAUCGAAGGGAAAACCCUUUACAGCAUGAUUGUGUCCAACUCCAAUACUGGAGCGUUUUAAACUCAGGACUCCAGCCGUCAGAAUGUAGGCAAGGAAACAGAAGGAGUUACAAGGUUCCAGCCUAGGAAGUGAAGGCCCACUUCAGCCGCCUCCAGUUCUUCAAGAGGACCAAUAGCCCCCACAAAUGGAGUCGCUGCACUUCUGCAGUCAAGGUCACGAUGGAACUGAAAACCUUGGAAUGGAAGAGAAAAUGUGAACUAGCUGGAUUUUAAAAAAUAAUCUAUUGUGAAUAUGUACAUAGCGCAGUACUAGCAAUGUUGCAGUCUGCUUUUGCACCUUAUGAAAAAGCACUUGCAAAAAAAAGGCCUUUCUUUACUUUGCUCUAAUUAACGGCACACCAGCAAUGCAAUCCAAUGCAGUUAUUCUGGUCUAGCAGCACAAUCCUAAACAGAGUGGCUAAGUGUCCUGGAUGACUUCAGUCAGUCCUGAUUCAAAUAUAGACAUGCACUUAAGGAGCCUGAAGCAUCUAGACAGCUUUCCUAUAUCAGAUCAUUUAACUUCUGGCAAGUGGUACACCUCAAUAACAUUUUAGGUCUGUUAGCAGGUAUAGUUCCCAAAUAAAACACUAUUAAAGAAUCUCUGUUUCCAUUCUAAGCUUUUAUUAAAAUGUAACUGUUCAACAUUCUUAACAUUGGCUAAAUCAGCAAAAAAUCAUACUGUCCAUCGUUUGCUACAUAAAUAAUUAAAGGACAGCAAUUACGUGAGUCCAUAGUAGUUUAUUACCCUAAAGAAGCAAGAAGCCUCUUCUAAAAAGAAGCUUCCGAUCAAUUCAGCUUCUCACAUUUAUAGGGUUUUAGCAUCGUUUCCUAACAAUGGUAAUAGUCCCACUUGAAAAGGGUACACAUUCUUGGCUAACUCAUUAUCUAGCCAGUUUGGCUAGGGAUCCUGACAGUGUUUUGCCAUCUUCUGGGCAUGGACCAGGGGUCACUGGGGCAGUUGGGGG